AUGGCCGGUGUUAAAAAUUAUGAAUUGAGAACCAAAUCCAAGGAACAACUAGAGUCCCAAUUGAUUGACUUAAAGAAAGAGUUAGCUGAGCUAAAGGUUGCCAAGCUAUCCAAGCCAUCUCUACCUAAGAUCAACACUGUCAGAAAGAACAUUGCUCGUGUUCUAACGAUUAUCAACGAACAACAAAGAGCUGCAGUUAGAGAGCUAUAUAAAGGUAAGAAGUAUCAACCAAAGGAUCUAAGAGCUAAGAAGACUAGAGCUUUAAGAAGAGCCCUAACUAAGUCUGAAGCCUCUAAAAUUACUGAAAAGCAAAAAAAGAAAAACAUUGCAUUUCCACAAAGAAAGUUUGCUAUCAAGAACUAA